AUGGAGCUCGGUCUGAGAUUGGAUAUUGACAGCUUCCUCCUAGAUGCAUGUUACCUAGAUGGUAAGUUAUGCAAUGAAGACCAGGUUUUUAAUGGUAUCCCAGAUAAUGUCCUAAACCCAUAUAUAAGUGGCCACAAUGACAUUAACUUGCUACUGGACAGCAAUUGUAAUGACAUCAACAACAACAACAACAACUACUUUGAUGACAACAACAAUCACAUCAACGGUCUUGACCACUCAUUAUUCCUCAACACUACCACCACCAACAACAACAGCAACAACAUUAAUGACAUUAACGGCAAUGACAUCAGCAACUGCAGCAACAAAAACAACGAUGCCUUCUUCAUUGAUGAUUUCGACAACAUUUUCUUCAACAACAACAUAGACCACAACAACAAAAACAACAACAACAAUAAUAAUAUCAUCAAGAGUAUAAUUGCCUCGCUCCAUAAUGACACUGACAUCAACACUGAUCUUGAUAUAGAGGAUGACAUUAACAACAACAACAACAGAAGCAAUGAUGAUAAUGAUGUCGUUUGCUGUAGUGGCGGUGUUGAUAAUGAUGUCGUUGGAUCAAUCGAUGACUGGGGCAUGGAGGAGACAAUGAUGACUAUGGAGAAAAUCUUCAUUCAAAAUAAUGCUGAAUGGCUGACCAUUGGUGACAACAUGAACGACAGCAACAGCACACCUACUGCAUCUCCAACAUCGCAAACGGUAACAUCAACUACACUGCUGCUUUCACCGCAGCAGCAGUUACAACAACAACAACAACUGAUUUCAACAGUGCCAAAUCCAGUAUUGACGACAUCAACAACAACAUCGAAGUUGGCCAGUAUUCACAUUCCACGCAAUCAGCAGCAACAACAACAACAACAGCAUCAACUACAACAACAACAAAAUCAAAAUUUUUUGAAAAAUGGAACGCUCAAAAUACUCCCAAAACAUCAGGCGGAUGUUUCAACUGUUAUUGUCAUACAACCACCAUAUAACAACAUCAUCACAACUAACGCUCUCCAUAACAAUAAUAACAUUAAUAACAAUAACGUUAAUAACGAUAACAUUAAUAACAAUAACAUUAUCAGUAAUAAUGGUAGCAGUAAUAAUAAAUCUAUAACUUUGAAGAGAAAAUCUGAUCCGGCGUCUGCUAAUAAAAUUUUACUGUCUAGGGUCCAGAUACAGCCAAAGAUCGAAAAUAUCAUCAUAAAUAACGAUAAUAAAAGCAGUAAUAAUAGUAAUAAUAUAAUUACAAAUGCUAAUGGUAGUAAUGCUAUUCUUAAUAAUAAUAGUAAUAAUAAAAUCCAUAAUAAUAAUAAAGAUUUAGGUUUUAGGCUGUCGCCAAAAGAAAUCAUUGUCACACUGUCUUCUUCCUCUUCAUCCUCAUCAUCCUCAUCAUCUUCUUCUUUGUCGUCAGCGUCAUCUUCUCCGAAAAUUAGUUACGUCAUUCAAACCAUUCCGCAAUACACUAGCAGUAACGUUGUUGUCAGCAACAACAACAACAACCACAUCAUCAACAACAACAACAGCCAAAACAUUGUUACUAUAAGCUGCAUCAACAACAACAACAUUAUCCACACUGCUCUCAAUAAUAGUACUGCUAAACUGUCAACAUUCAAUAUAGCUUCUAGUAACAGUAGUAACAUUUAUAGUACUGUUGAUGCAUAUAAUAAUAAUAAUACCAAUCAUCAACAUAUUACUAUUCCAUCCAAGCCGCUGGGCCUUAACUUUACCUCACUGUCCAGUGAUAUUGAGUCAAAGGCCGUCAAGAGGCAGCAGAGAAUGAUUAAGAAUAGGGAGUCAGCUUCGCUGUCAAGGAAACGAAAGAAAGAGUAUUUACAAUGUCUCGAGGACCAAUUGAAACAGCUGGAUGAUGAGAAUAAAAGGUUGAGAAUCGAAAAUACAGCGCUCAAGCAAAAGUUAAGCUGUCUUCAGUCUGAGAAUACCAUGCUAAAAAGUGGUGUCACAACAAGCAACAACAACAACAGUAACAAUAGUAAUAACAAUAACAUUAAUAAUAACAGCAAUAAUAACAGCCAUAAUAAUAAUAAUAGUAUUAAAAAGACGCCACUUAAAUCAGGGAUGUUAAUUGCUCUUUGCUUCUUUAUGAUCUUCAAUACUGGAUUUUUAACUGAUUCUUUCAUUGGAACACAACUGAUGACGUCAACAGUUGCCAACAACAACAACAUUUCCGCCAACAACAACAACAACUACCUAUUCCCGUUGUCGUCAUCUUUUUUCAACAUCCUCAAGAAACUCACCACCGACGGACAAAAUUCCGACUCUCAUUGGCUCGGUCGAACUCUGAAAGACCUCGACCAAUCAGCAGCCUCGACCUUUGAAUAUCCCAACCAAUCAGUGCAGGGUAUCCUAGAUGACGUCACUACGGGUUACACCAAUAAGAAACUACGUUUCGUUGGCGGUAGUAACAGAAUGACGAACGAAUUGGGUCGUGAGGAUGAAGAUGGCGACGAUGAAUCUAUGAUAUGUAAGGAUAGAGUUGGGUAUUUCAACGCCACCGAAGCAAUUAGAAUGAUGUAUGAGCUAAAAAUAUGGGCUAAUGGCCAUGAGAAUGAAUUAGUUAAAAGAAGGAUGGUAAAUAACCACGCUCCUAACAACAAUAAUAACAAUCGUAACAACAACCAUGCUAACAUCAACAACCACAAAAACGCUCAUGGUAACAUCAAGGGCAAACUCAUCCACAAUGAUAUUAUAAGGGGUAAUAGAAAUAGUGAUGGCAUUAAAGCUAGCAGAAAUGACAUGAAUGACAAUCGCAUUAACCAUAGCAGUUAUGAUGACAUCAAUAUUGGUAACAAAAAUGGUGAUAGUGGUAACAACAUCAUUGAAGACUCCAUCAACCCCAAUAGAAUCUUCAACAGCAUUGAUGUCAACAGCAUUGAUGUCAACAACAACAACUAUAACAUCAACAAUAGCAUCAACAACAAUGACACCAUCCAUGCGAACAACAACAAGAGCAACGGUUUGUUUGCUAACACCACCACUGAUGUUAACCACAGUAACACUCUAAACAUUGACAGCAGAUUCAUCAAUAGAAAACUUUUUGAAUACAUUAAUAACGGCCGUACAGACGACGACGACGAUGACGUAAUUAACCGCGACAACAGUUCAAUCAGCAGCAACAACAACAACAAUAGCAUCAACAGCAGUAGCAUUAACAAUAGCAACAACAUCAAAGACAUCGUCAGCGACAUCAACAACAAUAGAGUGAAAAACUUAAUGGAGAAGGAGUUGAAUAAGAUCAAUGAAUAUUACUUUGUCAAUAAAACCACCUACAUCAAUCGCAUCAACAGAAGUAAUAACAACAAUAAGAAUAACAACAACGACAUUAAUCAUAUUAAUGACGGCAACAUUAAUGACACGGACAGUAGUCUUAAUGGUAGGUUGACUCCAGAGCAGCUAUUGCAAGAUAUGAUGAAGGUGCCACAAAAUUUGCGACUGCAACAUCAACGAGAACAGUUGAAGCAAAGUUAUCGACAUCAGCAAAAACAACAGCGGCAGCUGCAACAUCAACAACAGCCACAGCAGCCACAGCAGCUGCAGCAAGAAAAAUUGUUGUACAGAAGCAAAAAGCAGCUGCUUCAACAACGACAGAAAUUCCGACAACAACGGCCAAAGCAACGACAACAAAAUAAUUUUGAUGAUAAUUUUAACGUGCCUACUAAAGAGCAAUUAAGAAGAAUUAGAUAUCCAUCCCCAGCCAAUCCUUACGAGGUGCAGUUGUUUAAUUGGGAUUCCCAGAGUAUGUAUGGAGAUUUUCUGGAUUCUAUAAAGAGGAAGAACGAUACAUUCUACAUCGUUUCCUUUCAUAAUCAACCACAACAGGGUCACAAUAUAAAUUAUGAUGUUGGCGAUGUUGGAAGAUACGCUGAUGAUGAGGACCAUGCUGGCGUUGACGACGAUUAUCAUUAUCACGAUGAUGACGGCGUAGAUGAUGAUAUCAAGUUAUUUAAUAUACAUGAUAAUAAUGAUAAUAAUAAUGAUAAUGAUGAUAAUAAUUGA